AACCCUAAUUCCGCAUUUCUCUAACCCUAGAUCCCUAAUUCUCUCUAUCUCGACGAACCCUAACCCUAACCCUGCAAUUUCUCUCCAAUUCUCUACAAAUCUACUUCUUUUAGGUCUAAUCGAUGGCUCCUCGUGUUCGCGGUGGAAGAGGAAGCGGAAGAGGGAAGAGGGGACCGAAGUCUCCGGUGAAGCGACCCACUGUCGUCCCUACUCGACCCACAUCUUCCGGUGUGUCGAGUCGAAGACCAAGGAGCCUUCCGUCGCAGUAUGAGUUCACGCCGGCGAACCCUGAAGAUCCAAAUCAUGGGACUGAGCAUCCGCCGAAUCGUCAGCCUUCACCGCAACUGAGUCUAAGAGACUAUCCACCUCCGCUGCAGCUUUUCCAGUCGGGCGAAGGAUCUCAGCAUGCAGCUGGUGGAUCUCCUCGGGGCUCUGGAACGACUCCGUUUCGAGCAUCUGUCUCCUCUGUUCAUCGUUUAGCAUCCGGAUCUCCCCGUGCCUCUCAGUCUCCAGCGCCGGUUCCUUCUCCAGUGGUUAAUAAACAACGACCACCAAGAGCCUCUCUGUCUGGUCACAGUUCUCAAGCUCAGAACGUUGAAGAAGAAGAAGCUGCAUCGGAUGAAGAAGCUGAUGAUGAAACUACAUCAGAGGAUGAAGGUUUGAGGGAUUCAACACUCCCAGAAGAUGUCUUCGCGACUUUACAUGAUACGCUUCUCAUCCCAGGCCGUGAGCUCUAUACUACUCUCAUCUCUCCGACUUUAGAGCCUGGGACGACAUGGUCUGUUUGUGUUAAGAUUGUAAGUUUGUUUAGGUAUAGUUUGUUUGGUAAGGAUAAGGGUAAGCUGACCCGGAAGGUCACCAAGUGUUUUACUAACAAGUUUGAUGGACCAUACUACAAUUGGAGUUGUGUUCCAACUGGAAGAAGAGAAAGAUACUUUCUUGAAUUCGCUAAAACACACACCUGGCAUCCCUCAGUUACAGGUGUGGUUGAAGCCAAGUUCUACAAGAUCAUUGCACUGCGUAUGAAAGACAUGUCUACUGUCACAAAUGAUAGAGGGGAUUACUUUGGAAUUGGCAGCUUAGGGGUUUACAUCAACGGGAAGCGCAAGUACGCAGGAAGCAGUUCUUCUUUCACAACCCUGCAGUCACAGCUUGAGGAUGCUAACCGCAAGAUAGAGGAACAAGCAGCUCUACAAGCAGCACGUGAAGCAGAGGCAUUGCGGGUCGCAGCAUCACAAGCAGCUGAGAUCAAGCAUUUGUCGAUGGUGAAGAAGUACCUGAGUGAAACUGACCCUAAUUUCCUGGCCUUCCUCAAUUCCCAAUCAACUCCUGCUGCGGAUGAUCAUUCAGAGGUCCAACCAAAUCCAACUCCUGCUGCUAAUGCUGAUGGUACUACUCCUGCUACUUAGCUUUCUCUCCUCUUAACUCAAAAACUUGAACUUGAUCUUUUGGUCUUGUACUUAUGGUACAAGUAUGUUUGUAUUUAUGUCUUGUGAACUUGAUAUUUUGGACUUGUACUUUUGGUCUUGUGAACUUGUAUGUUUUUAUGUUUAUUAAGAACUUGUAUGUUUUGUAUGUUUGGUUUUAAUUAGUAAAUGCAAACGUAAUUA